AUGGAUGUUAUAAAUUCAAUCCUACAAAAUGACAUUCAAGAAAAAGAUAACAGUAAAUCAACAAUAGUAAAUAAAGAUGCAGAAACAGAUUUAGGAACUCUUCUAGCGUUAGAUUAUAACGCUUUAGACUUGAAAGCAUUAAAAUCACAGCCAGAAGAAUAUCUGAGGAGUUUGACAAGGGACAAUGUACAAAUACUGAUUAAUAAAAUAUGGGAACUGCCAGUGGAACGUGUUGAUGAGGUAAUAAUAGCCAAAUUGCCCAAACAGGAAUUUAUAUUGCCACGAGCUCGACAAAUCCCAAAAGCAAAAGUUUUAACAAAAUGGCAACAGUUUGCUAAGGAGAAAGGCAUUAAAACUAAACGGAAAAGUAAAUCUAAAGUUAAAUGGGAUGAAGAACUACAAAAAUGGAUACCUACUUUUGGUUAUAAACGUAACAAAGCCAUGGAACAGAAGGAAUGGUUGGUAGAAGUUAACAAUGAAGGUAAAGCUGCAGAAAAUCCUUUUGCAGACGCGAAAGCAGCAAAGGAAGAGAGAAAAUCUAAGAAUGAAUUACAGAGACUGCGUAAUAUUGCUAAAGCCAAAAAUAUAAAAAUUCCAAAAGUAGGACUUCCUACUAAAGAACAUUUCGCUGAUUCACAACAACUUUCACAAGCCAUGACUAUUGCACGCACAUCAACAGCAUCUCUUGGCAAAUUCCAAGAUAGGUUACCAAAAGAAAAAGAUGCAAAGGGUAUUGCCAAACAAGUUCCAGGUAUGAAAAGAAAAGCUGAAGAAGUUCCAAGAAAUUUACAAGAAGAAAAGAAGCGAAAUACCAAUCUGGCAGAUAAUAUACUGAAAACCAACACUAAGAUACUUCGUGAAGACUUUUCUAUGCCAAAAACAAAACCAGCUAAAGCGGAGAAAAGCAAGAAGAAAGGUAAAAAGGCAGCAAGAGCUAGGGGACUAAAAAAACCAAAAGCAGGUAAAGGAGAACGAAAUAUGAGGCGUAAAGUUGGAGGUAGAAAACGAAGAUAAAUAUACCUGUUUAUGCUAAUUUAAUCAUAUUAAAUAUAUUAAAUGUAACAACUUAAAAAGUACAUUAUUAGAUAUAUUGAAAUAAAUGUUGAUAAUCUGAAAAUUUUGUAUCUGUUUCUUUGUAGUAAGUCCCAAGAAAGAGUUUUGA